AUUUCAGCCAUUUCGAUUUCGUUUCGUACAAUCCAGUUUUUACUAAGGCUUAGUAUAUUCUUAGUCUGAGAGUUUUUGUUAGCAAUAGAAUUUAGAAUACUGUGAAUAUAUUGUGUAAACGAAUUAUAAUUGAACAAAGUUAUAUUUUUAAAGAAAUAUUGGUACAUUUUAUUUUGCUGUGAUUAACAGCUUUAAAUAAUAUGUUAAUCAAUUAACAAGAUAAAUGAUAUAAACAUGCAGGAUAACGACGUACCAUAUUUAAUUUCUACCAAAAAGUUAAAACCUGAGUACGAAACCUUAGAAAAAAUUAAAGUAACUUCAACCAUUUUAACCAUAGGACGAGGAUUAAAGAACUCCGUCGUUAUACCAGUUAUAGCAAUAUCUAGAAAUCACUGCAUCAUUAGAAAAACAUUUGAUGAAUGGUUUAUUGAGGAUCACAGUAGUUUUGGAAUAGAGCUUAACGGUAUAAAGUUAGGCAAUGGCAAGUACAGGAAACUUAAUAAUCUCGACGUUAUUAUUCUGGACCCAGCAAAGGAAUUUGUUUUUUCAUUCAUAAAGCCAAACACAAGCAUCAAAGAUGAAAACAUAGAUUGUGAACCUUCCAAUAAACGCAUAAAACUUGAAAAUGAUGUUGACUCUGCUGAUAUUAUAAACAAUGUGAAAAUCAAAUUUGAAAACUCACAAAGUUCAGAAAUGCAACACAUUGCUGAAAAAAUUCAAAAUGCACAGGAUAUCCAAAAGAACUCUCAAUUGUUAAAGGAUCGCUUACAAACAGAAAUGAUGCAAAAAAUGCAAAUUUUAAACAAGCUUUAUACUACAAAAAUGGAUUGCUUGGAAGAUGGCAAAACUACAAUUGAAGAACAAAGAGCCCUACUCAUACAAGAGAGAGAUGGAGAACUUGCUUCUUUAAAAAAGGAAAUGGAAGGGAAAAUUUCUAGCCUAAAGGAAGAAAUUGAGAAACACAAUGCAAUAGAAUCGGAACUCAUUUUAGAAAAUGUCUCCCUAAAACAGAAACUUUUAAAAGAAAGAGAAGAAUUUCUGAGUGAAAUAAACAGAGAAAGUUCUUCUAAACAAGAUUUAUUGAGCAAACUCGAAGCUAAAAUGUGGGAGCAAGAAGAAAUUCGUAAAGUAGAGAAAAGAAAACUAGAGGAGAUGUUACGAAAUGAAACGGAAACUCUGAAAUUAGCUAACGAAAAGGAAAUAAAGGCACUGGAAGAGCAAAAAAAGUUGAGGGAAACUGAAUUGUUACAAGAUUUGAAGGUUUUAAAAAGUAAACUGGAAUCAAAAGAAAAGGAGACAGAACAACAUAAAUUUGAAGUUGAGAAAGAGUUAACUAAAAAAGUUGAGGAAUUGAAAAAAGUCAGCGAAGAGGAAAAAGUUAAAAUGGAAGAACUUAUACAUGAAAGAGAGGAAUUACAGAAGAAGUUAUUUGAAGCCAAAGUCAAUGCGAACAAAUCUAUUGUAGAAUUAAAGACUCGAGUAGAAGACAGAGAGACGGAACUGGCCGCGCUGGCUGCAGAGAGGAUACAGAAACAUUCCGAACAGUCCACUGAAGUUAUCAAUUCUCUUCUCGAACAAUUAGAUAAGGUUAAGAGUCAACUAAGAUCAGUGGAGAAUGAAAAGGAGAUGCUGAAAGCGGAGAACGAAAAUGGUGAGAUUACAGCAAAGGAGAGUGCGGUGGCGGAGUUCGCGGAUAUAAUGGAGAAUGAGCUGCAGUGCAGCAUCUGUGCGGAGUUGUUCGUGUGCGCCACCACGCUCAACUGCGCGCACACAUUCUGCAAAUACUGCAUCACUAUGUGGAAGAAGAAGAAAUGGGAGUGCCCCAUUUGUAGGAAACCAAUAACGUCGGAGUGCAAGAGUUUAGUGCUGGACUCGUUUAUAGAGAAGAUGGUGGAGAACCUGAGCGCGGAGAUGAAGAAGAAGAGAUUGGACCUGCUCAAGUCGAGAGAAGAAGACGAGGCGGCACAAGCACAUCAUCCUAACUCCGAUAACGACCGAGGAAGUAACAGCCAUGACGAGUCGGACUUCAACUCGUUGUUCGACGAGGGGGAGGAGGAGGAGUACGAGGAGUUGUAAGUAUAAUCUAAUAUUAUAAA